AUGAAAAUCUAUAUAGAGCUGAUUAAAAGAAUUGAAGAAGGAAACAGCUUAGAAAUAGCUGCCAAAAAUUUAAAGCCUAAGCUUGUCCACAUUAUUGAGACAAUUAAACAAGAAAUUGAUUUAUUAAAGCAACAAGAAAUUUUGCUUCAGAUAGCUUGUAACCACUACGAUGGAUUAGCUCAGAAAUUUCCAGAUAGAGUGAGUUUCUUAAAUGAUGUCUCUAGAGCUGACAUGUGUGAGGUUCGUUCAUUAGCCCAACCUCAUAUGCUUGUCCAAAUGGUAGCUGAGGGAGUCGGCAUUCUACUGAAUGAAAAAGAAAAAUGAAAUUCUUUUUAUCAAAAGCUUCCUAAUGGAGUAUCAGCUUUAUUGGAUGUUGAAUAUAAUCAACUUUCUGAGCAAAUCCUAUAUGAUUUAGGAACGAUUGUUAAUGCCUAUAGAAAUAACACCAGGGCUUUUUAUAUGGUAUCUAGAGCUACAGCAAAAUUAUUCUGCUUUUUAUUAGCUACUUAUGACUUAGCAAUUACAAUUAGAGAUAAUUUCCCACAGUUUACAAGCUUCAAAGAUAUUGAUAGACUUGCAAGAAAAGAGCUUUUUGAAUAUAGCAACUUGGAAGCUGUUAGAAAUAAAAUAAAGAAUAAAGAAAUGGAGUUAGAUUUAUUGAUACAAUCGGACUUAAAGUUAUCCAAAAUAUUAUAG